UUGGAAGAGAAAGAACGAACCCAUCCACAGGAAGUUGGGCUGUUGGUUUACCUUUCCGCCGACAGUCUUUCUGUCCUGAAUCUUGUAACACAGACAUGGCGGUAGGCAAAAAUAAGGGACUUUCGAAGGGCGGCAAGAAGGGAGUUAAGAAGAAGAUUGUCGACCCCUUCACAAGGAAGGACUGGUACGAUGUCAAGGCACCGUCCAUGUUCACCACCCGCCAGGUCGGCAAGACCUUGGUCAACAGGACUCAGGGUACCAAGAUUGCCUCUGAGGGUCUGAAGCACCGUGUCUUUGAAGUAUCCCUGGCUGAUCUUCAGAACGACAAUGAUGCUGAGAGGUCUUUCCGCAAGUUCCGUCUCAUCGCCGAGGAUGUCCAGGGCCGUAAUGUCCUAACCAACUUCCAUGGCAUGGACCUUACCACUGACAAGCUCAGGAGUAUGGUGAAGAAGUGGCAGACCCUCAUUGAGGCCAGUAUUGAUGUCAAGACAACUGACAACUACCUUCUGCGAGUGUUCUGCAUUGGUUUCACCAACAAGGACCACCAGAUGUCUCACAGGAAAACUUGCUACGCGCAGCACACCCAGGUGAGGGCUAUCCGCAAGAAGAUGGUUGAAAUCAUCACCAGGGAUGUUGCCUCCAGUGACCUGAAGGAGGUGGUCAACAAGCUCCUCCCUGAUUCCAUUGCCAAGGACAUUGAAAAGGCUUGCCAGGGAAUCUACCCUCUUCAUGAUGUGUACAUCCGCAAGGUCAAGGUCCUGAAGAAGCCCCGCUUCGAACUCAGCAAGUUGCUUGAGCUUCACGGUGAUGGUGGCAAGGGCACCACUUCUGAAGAGCCUGGUGCUAAGGUUGAGCGACCUGAGGGUUAUGAGCCCCCAGUUCAGGAAAGUGUUUGAGGGGUUAUCCUUAUAAUAAAAAAAUUAAAAUCCAGUA